CUGUUCCCAUUUGCUUUCUGACACUGCUCGGCGCAACAACCCGAUUGCCCCACGCAGCCGGUGGUCGCUAGAUCGGCGCCGGCUUAUAAAUAAGUGGGGGCGCACCGGAACGCACACAGUGCCGGAUCGUGGUAGCUAGUGGCUCGCUAGCCAACACGGCCACCGACGGUCUUCGUCCCCGAUGGCUUCCCCUGCUCGCCACCUCUUCCUCGUCGCAUUAUUGGCCGUGCUCGCCGUCACGGCGGAAGCGUGGGGCGGUGGCCGCUUCUUCUUCAGCAAGACCACGCGCGCCGAACCCGCCGUCGAGCCUGAGAAGGCGGCGGCGGCCGGCAGCACCACGCCGGACGCGGCGGAGCCUAAUGCGGCGCCGGCGUUCCCCCGGCCAUCGAGCAGCGGCAGCGGCCGCGGGUACGGGCUCUACGGCCGCCCCGAGGAGAACUACCCGCCCAACUACUUCCGCCGCGGCGUGCACCGCAACGCCGAGAAGCUGACGACAGCGGCGGCAGCGACCGACGUGCCGGCCGCCACCCGUACGGCCGAGGGCGCGGCGGUGCCCGCGGGAGGCGGCCGCGGCGACCGCGCCCAGCAGUACCCGGAGGACGGCAGCGGCGGGGGCCGGCCGCCGACCAACGUGCCGGCUACCGCUUCGUAUACCGAGGAGGAGGCGGCCCCCGCGCGAGGCGCCGGGGACCUCGACGGCGUCCAGCCCUACCCGGAAGACGGCAGCGGCAGGGGCCGGCCGCCGUGGUACUACACGGCCUUCCGCGGCGGCAGGCGGCAGCAGGGGCAGGAGGACCAGCAGCGGGACUACGGGAUGAGCGACACGCGGCUGUACCAGAACGGCCGGUACUACUACGACGUGGACGCCGGCAGAUACGGCUACGGCCGCGAGUCGAACCCCAUGCGGAAGCGCCCUGAGGACGAGGAGGAGUUCGCCGGCUCCGGGUACGGCCGUCCCGGCGUUGCCGGCGGCGGCAGGCGCGGGGGGUACGGCAACGACGACGAGUUCAAGAAUCCAGACGGCUUCCAGGAGGAAGGCCGGAACGGACGAUACGUUCCAUGAGCAUGAAGGGAAGACGAAGCCUGCUUGUACUAGUAAGUCGUAACGUGCGCAGUGUGCUGCCGCUUCCAGUAGUGAUCGUAUCGUGCGCUCCGUGCUCCAUUGCAGAGUAAUCUCGCCUGGGAAUAGCUGCUCCUUGUUUGCUGCGAGAACUUGGGGAAGAGCCAGCUAGCAGCUCCUCCUGCCCUGCAGUUCGCCAUGGUGACGCAACAGAUGAAUCAAUAAGCUCUCCGUGUGUGUACAAUGCAACGUGUACUGUAUCGCAGAUCAAAAUGCUAUCCACCCUACUGUAUUCAUCGUCUGUCGGUGCUCAAGGAGCAUGAUUGAUAUAUACUGUGCAUAUUAUUGUGUA